AUGGCUCCAUAUGCGAACCUUCCCGCCCAAGCCACUCUUGAUAUCAAACAGUUCAAGGCCCACGUUGACGAUGAGAAGUUGCAGCAUUUCAAGAAGCUGUUGGAGCUGUCACCAAUUGCUCCCGCGGUGUUUGAGAAUACCAGUGCUGGUCGGAGAUAUGGUAUGAAAAGAGACUGGGUUGAGAAUGCCAAAAAGGUGUGGCUGAACAACUUUGACUGGCGCAAUCACGAGGACCGAAUCAACAGUUUCCCUAACUUCAAGGCUUCCGUCAAGGAUGCAGAAGGAAACUCGGUCGAGCUUCAGUUCCUGGCUCUGUUCUCCGAGAAGGCUGACGCAGUUCCAAUCGCUUUCCUCCACGGCUGGCCAGGCUCCAUCUGUGAGUUUCUGGAUAUCUUGGACAGCCUCAAACGACAGUACUCUCCCAAAGACUUGCCAUACCACAUCAUCGUCCCUUCACUACCAGGCUACGCAUACUCGUCCGGCCCUCCUGUGGAUAAGGACUACGGGCUCGAGGUCGCUGCUGGAGCACUAAACAAUCUCAUGGUCGGCGUGGGAUUUGGCGCUGGGUAUUUGGUCCAUGGCGGCGAUCUUGGCAGCUUCAUGAGCAGGAUACUCGCCAUGAAGUAUGAUGCUUGUAAAGGGAUGCAUGUGACUAUGAUGACCAUGCCACCACGGGAUUCGGACGAGUCGCCUCCAGAUGAGCUAGAGAAGAAAGCUCUAACCAAGGCUGCCGAAUUUGUCGAUACAGGAUAUGCUUUUGCACUUGAGCAAGGCACCAGGACUGCUACCAUCGGCCUCGCACUGAGUGCUAGUCCACUAGCCUUACUUAGCUGGAUUGGAGAGAAGUUCUUAGAAUGGACGGACGAAGACCCUCCGCUUGAGAAGAUCCUCGAAGGGGUCACUUUGUACUGGUUGACCGACACUAUACCACGAUGCCUCUACCACAAUCGAGAAAUGUUGAAUGCAGGUGACCACCCAAAGAUCGCCAGGACCAGCGCCAUCCUAAAUAUGAAAUCGAUAAAGCUUCCAUACGUUGAGAAGCCCUCCGGCUAUUCCUUCUUUGCUCAUGAGAUCGUCCCGAUCCCAAAGAGCUGGGCAGUCAGGACUUGCAAUCUGGUGUCAUACAAUGAGCAUGAACAUGGCGGCCAUUUCCCGGCCAUGGAGAGACCACAUGAACUGCUCGCCGACAUCGAGGGGUAUGUCAGGGAAGCGUGGAAGCCUCGUGACAAAACUUCACCAUCUCAUACUUAG